AUGCCCUUGCCCGUCUCCGGCCGCCGCGGCCUCCCCAUCCUACCGCUCCUCAUCCUCUACGCGCUCCCCGCGCGGCUCCCGCGGUGCGCGGCCGAGUCGGCGACGUGCCUCGCCGUGUACCGGGAGGGGGGCGCCCCCGCGGUGUUCCAGUCCGCGCACUGCCCGCGCUGGACCCUCCCCCCGCACGACGGCCAGGGGGAUGGCGGGGGCAAGAGCUCCCCGAUGGGGUGCCACGUGGCGGCCGACCGCGGCCGCCGCCGGUCCCAGGAGGACCGCGCCGUCUGUGCCCUCGGCAUCCGCAUCCCCUUCGUAGAGCAGAUGAGGAUUAAGGAAGUUGAUGUGGGAGUGGUGGCAAUAUUUGAUGGUCAUAAUGGAGCUGAGGCUAGUGAGAUGGCUUCUAAGCUUUUUCUGGAUUACUUCCUGCUCCAUGUUUAUUUUCUUCUCGAUGGAAUAUACUCCAUGCUGUUCAGAAAAUCUACUGGGAAACUGACAUAUCGGGAAGUUACUAUUCUUAACAAUGUAUUUAAUCUGUACAAGGAUGACCAAUCCAACCAUGGAGAGAGGUCAUGUUGGACAUCGCCAGCUAUUCUAGACCGGUCAUUUCACAUGGAAAUUCUGAAGGAAUCACUAAUGAGGGCAGUUCAUGAUAUUGAUUUAACAUUCUCCAAGGAAGCUUUACAGAACAAUUUUGAGUCUGGUUCAACAGCGACCGUGGUCUUGAUAGCUGAUGGACAAAUUAUAGCAGCCAAUGUCGGAGAUUCAAAAGCUUUUCUGUGCUCACAAGGAUAUGAUUCGCACCAUCGAAAUAGGAAACGGAGAAGAAAGAGAAACUCAAUCAAUCAUGAGGAAUUUGCUUUGGCAAAUUAUGAUGGACCAUUGUAUCAUGCAAGGGAGUUGACCAAGGACCAUCAUCCUGAUAGAGAAGACGAGAGAAGCCGCGUGGAGGCUGCUGGUGGUUAUGUUCUUGAGUGGGCUGGUGUAUACCGAGUUAAUGGUGAGCUAGCGCUAUCAAGAGCUAUUGGUGACAUUCCAUACAAAAGGUAUGGUGUAAUAUCAACACCUGAAUUGACAGGGUGGCAGAUUCUGUCAGAAAAUGACACUUUUCUUAUUGCAUCAUCUGAUGGGGUCUUUGAGAAAAUGACUAUGCAAGAUGUUUGUGACCUGAUGUUGCAUGCUAAAUUUCGUGUUAAACACGAUUUUGGAUAUUCUGCUAUGACACAACAUAAUUUGGCAGAUUAUUUAGUUCAUGUUGCUUUACAGAAGGGCACAACAGACAAUGUGGCUGCUGUAAUUGUUCCAUUGGGAUCACCUGGUAGCACUGGUACUACAUUAAAAGAUUGGUCCCAGUUUGAAGAAGAUCUCAAGACAUCUAUUUCUCCAGUGUUGAAUAUUCCAUAUGGACUGAAGCCUGAUGAUGGCACUAGUUCAGCUGUCAUUGACAUGGGAUAUUUCAAGCGUUCAUCAAUAAAGUUCCAGAGGUUCUUGGUUGAAGCAAAACCUAAGAAGCUUGGUUGUUUCUAUUUAUCCGAGAGUCUGGAUGAAGAUAUGGACUACAUAUUUAGGGUACCGGAAGCAUACCAGCGUGAAGAAGACUUCAAUCACAUGCCAGCUGAGACUGUCUUAUAUUCUGAUGGUAAUCUUGAAAAAUACAAGGACAGACACUUUUGCUUGUACCUUGGUCAUCAAGAUGGCGAAAUGGGGCGGUGCAAUGGUCCUGAAGCUUUUGCAAAUUUUUUUGGUCUACUUGACUCCCUUCCGCAUAAUGGAAGCAAAUCAAAUGGUUCACGCUCCUUUGGCAACACAAUAGAUUUCAGAUACAAGCUUAAGAGAAGAUUUGAUCGUGGGUCAUACGGUGAAGUCUGGUUGGCAUUUCACUGGAAUUGCUCUGAAGAUGCAGAUGUUCAUAAAGAGCCUCCACACUUUACCACUAUAUCUAAAUCAGAGAUGUAUAAUUGCACAAGUUCAGACACAAUGUCAUCUGAUGAAGAUCAUGUUUCAGGCACAGUAGAUGGUGAUUUAUUCAUACUAAAGCGCAUAAUGGUGGAGAGGGGAAAUGCAGCUUACUUGAGUGGAUUGCGUGAGAAAUACUUUGGGGAAUUAUUUUCAAAUGCUUCCAGAACUCUUGAAGGUUUGUUGAGGACAGAAUCAUCGACUAUCUCAUUGGACAUGCAAUACAAUCCUGAUAUCCGUUUAGAAAGGAACAUGUCGGCUACUGAGGAACCACUCAAGCACGUGGCUAGGUUUAUAGAAUCUUUUGAAUCAGAAUCAAGGGAAAUUUGGCUGGUGUAUCACAAUGAAGGCCGCUCAUUAUCAAAACUGAUAUAUACUGCUGAAGAAACGAAGUUAGUCACUGGCAACAAUAAUGAGAGGGUCAGACAUAUUCAAGUUCUGCACCCAUCGAAGUGGUGGCAUUGGUUAAGGACAACAAAAGCUGGGCAAAAGCAAAUGCAAAACCUCUUAUGGCAGCUGUUGAUGGGACUGAAGGCCUGCCAUGAUCGUAAUAUCACUCACCGGGAUAUCAAACCUGAGAACAUGAUCAUUUGCUUUGAGGACAUGGAGACUGGAAAGUGUCUAAGAGAGGUUCCAUCUGAAGCAAAGCAAAAUAAGUUGAACAUGCGUCUGAUUGACUUUGGCAGUGCCAUUGAUGAUUACACGUUGAAGAAUCUUUAUGGUUCAGGCCCUACUCGAUCUGAACAGACAUUUGAGUACACUCCUCCAGAGGCACUCCUUAAUUCAAACUGGUUUCAAGGAUCAAAAAGUGCAAGGCUUAAGUAUGAUAUGUGGAGUGUUGGAGUUGUCAUGCUAGAGUUGAUGGUGGGUUCUCCCCAUGUUUUUCAGAUAAGCGACCGCACACGUAUUUUAAUGGAUCAGCGUCUCGAAGGGUGGAGUGAACAAACAAAGGAGCUUGCAUACAAGUUGAAGUCAUACAUGGACUUGUGCAUUUUAGUGCCAGGGAUUUCCUCACAACAUCAUGGCAGUGGUGGCCCAGAACAGGGUCAAUUUGGGUUAGCUUCUUGGAAAUGCUCUGAAGAAUCAUUUGCACAUCAAGUGAAGAUCAGAGAUCCUCUUAAGAUUGGCUUUCCUAAUUUAUGGGCACUGCGACUCGCACGCCAGCUACUUGUGUGGCAUCCUGAGGAUCGGCUAAGUGUCGAUGAAGCACUAAAUCAUCCUUACUUCCAGGAGCCAACGUAA